AUGGCUGUGCGCGGCACAAUAUACUCUCCACGGAUCUGCGGCGGGAUCGUCAGCCUCGCGAUUGCCAUACUCGUUAUACACUCACAGCUUUCCUUCAUCGCCGUCGGAUCAAAUCUCCCCCCCGGCGGCUGCGACACGUGCCGCCAGCUGCGCGGGCUGGAAGACGCGGGGGUGAACGCGCGCAGCCUGCACCGGCACGCGGCGCUCGUCGGCAACUUCAAGGGGCUCUUCCUCAGCCAGCGCGGCAAAUUCAAGAACCACGCCAGAGGAUCCGGCCCCGUCAAUCUCGAGGUUUUCCAGGAAGUUGGUAACCACGUGGCUGUCGUCGACGGCGAAGCUGGCGAUACCCUUGAAAAGUGCUGCGAUGCAUGCAAGCGAACAGCCGGCUGCUACCAAUACCACUUCUUCCGCAGCAACCGGCUACGCGACAAUGUAAACGUCCGCGGCUUCAUGAGCGGCGUGCAGUGCUACCUGCUCGCGAAAGACGGCGGCGCGGGUCACUCUGGCGAGUACCGGACGCCCCUUAGCGGGGAUGUCAAGGAGCAGCGCUCCAUGUCGCCGUACUUCCCACUCAGCUGGCUCGGCGGGCUGUGUGAAGGAAGCCGCGCCACAGCAACGCCUGGCGUGUCCGCUGCCGCUGGUAACGAUUCUGCAGGCGCACUGCCGCUUGCCACAUCAUCAGCACGGCGUCUUGGAAAACCAUCACGGGCGGCGUCUGCUGUGCUUCGGCGGAGGGCGGAGCGACCGCCACCGCUGUCCACGCAAGGCCUGCUCAACGCGUCUUUCUGCCUCGUUUCCGACCGUAGAUUGCACAUCAACAUCAAGCUCCGCGAAUCUCCACCGCAGGCUGCAGCUGGGGACCUGGCGGAGGCGUCUGGUGACGUGGCGUAUGCGGCAUCCCCGACAUCCAACCCUGCUUUCGCCCAGAUGUCAACAGCAGCUGCUGCUGAUGCUGCUGCUGCUGCCAGGAAGGAAGCUGAAAAGAGAGCAGCUGCGGCUGUUGUGAGGGCAGCUCUUGCAAGCACUAGCGAUGCAGUGAGUGGUGUAGUGGAAGGAAGAGAGGGCGAGAGGGAGGGAGCACAGGCAGCUAUCAGGGAGAUUGGGUUUGUGUGGGUGGCUGAUGGGCUGCAUUCCCUUCGCAUGGCCGUAACACCCAAGGUAACCGCUGAGAACAGCAGGAAUAUCGCAGAUACUGCCGAUAGUUUGUUGUCCCUUCUGGAGCUGGAUGGUGUGCCACUGUCGCCCCCAAAAGCCGUGGCCGAUCGAGUGACUGGAGCAGGGGGGCUGGUACUUAGCAAAGUGGCAGAGGAGAGCGAGUGGCCUGUGAACAUGGUGAAGUAUAGAGUGGAGAUUGAGGGGUUGAUGGUGGUGGAGGUACGGGCGAGCAUCGUCCGGGGUGAAGGGGAUGCGGGUGAAGGGCACCUGUCUGUGAAGCUGGUGAAGGUGAAGGUUUCUCCCACGGUCAAUGGACUUCUGGGUAGCGCAAUCCGUGCAUCUUCUAAGCUGGAACUGACUGUGACACCGUUUUACACAUCCUUGAACAUCGAAGAUCGGAACGCAGAGGCUAGGCUUAGUGGCCCUCUUGCCGACUAUGUCUCAACGACAGUGAUUUCAGCAGACUGCAGAUUCUCGACAUUUGGAGUGGUUGCUUGA